ACGAAAUCACACGACUUGAUUGGGAUCUUUUAUCGGAUCGGCUUGGUGUGAUUGUGCUGGUCAACCAAUCCAUCACUUUUAGAACUCAUCCUCUUACACAACUGCUGCUGUCGGGCUUCAUUUUCGUAGACUCUCUCCUCUGUGUCACACUACCGGUACAAAACAAGAUAGAACUGGACUUGGAACAAGACAAUGACGCUUUCAGUUGUUACCGGAGGAACGGGUUUUGUUGGAAGAAGACUGGUUCAAUCGCUUGUUGCUCGGGGAGACAAGGUCCGAGUACUGGACAUUACAGUGCCACAGCCUGACGACGACCUCCAUGGCAAGGUUGAAUUUUUAAAAACGGACAUUACAAAUCAUGAAGCUGUGAAAAAAGGUGUCACUGGUGCUACCACCGUCUUUCAUGUGGCCAGUGUCGUUCACACGAAGCAGAACCAACAAGAUUUUGUAUUUAAGGUCAAUCUGGGAGGCACCCAAAACCUUAUUCAAGCCUGCCAGGAAGACAAGGAUGUGAAGAAACUGGUUUACGUAUCCAGUGGAGGGGUAGUCUACCAAGGGAAAGACAUUGAAAAUGGAGACGAGUCGCUGCCAUAUGCAACAACAUCCAGGGCUCCCUACGUGCUCAGCAAGAUUGAAGCAGAGAAGGAAGUUCUGGCUGCGGCUAGUUCGGAACCGGGUGGAUUGGCUACGAUAUCACUGCGACCACAUGUCAUUUUUGGUCCUGGCGAUGUUCGAUUCAUACCAGCGGUCAUCAAGAACGCCAAAGAAGGAAAGCUCAAAUUCCAAAUUGGCCGAGGCGACUGGAUGAGCGACUAUACCUACGUGCAAAAUCUUGUUGAUGCCUGUCUCUUGGCUGAUGAAAAGCUCAAAAAUACAUCGCCCAUUUCUGGCCAGGCAUACUUUAUCACCAACGGCGAGCCCAUGCCAUUUUGGGACUUUGUCCGAUCCGCUCUCAAGCGGUUGGAUCUGCCACCAAUGUCCGACACGCCGCUGCCCCAUCAACCUGUUUUGGCGUUGGCGUAUGCUAGAGAGUGGUUUGAUACCUAUGUGCGAGGAGGUACAAUCAACGACGAGGAUGGAUUCACUCCCUUUGCGAUCAAGUACAUGUGUACGCAUCAUUACUUCAGCAUUGACCGGGCUCGGAAGGACCUGGGCUAUGAACCAAAGGUUUCCGUUGCGGAGGGAUUGGAGUUGACCUGCAGGGACCUCGAAGAACACGGAGCCAUCUAACGUCCGUCCGUUCGCUGCUUCAGGGCACCUUCUCAAGUAGCCGGUAUAGCAACUGUCGUGAUAAAUGAAACAAAACCUACUGUUGGUAUCAAAAGUUGAAAGUUGGAUAGUCUAGCAAAGUAUUUGUUUGUCAGUAGAGAAUCAUGUGAAUACCCAAUUCGAUCAUUUGUUCAACUUGGAUGCUGGCGACAGCA